GGUUUCAAGGCAGGGUUUGGUUUUCUGCCUUCUGGAGGCUUUGCCCUGGCGACUUCUCUCGGAUGCACCUCGGCUCGCUGGCCACCAGGGGUCCCAGACACGCGCCGCUUCCCAGCCGCUCUUUGUCCUGCUGCUUCCCCCGCGAGUCCGCCUCCCCAUCCCGCUCGGAGCCCGCGGCUGGAGCCGGGGGAGGGAGGCGGCGGUCGCUGCCGACUUGUACAAGUGGCCGCCAGUCAGGAAGCAGAGCCACGCCCCCGACUCCCUCCCCUGCCUCGCCGGCCGGGCUGCUCCAGCCCCCGCUGCUGUUCCACCUCGCUCGCUUAGCAGGUCAAUGAAUUGCCAGAGGCUUGAGGCUGAAGGACCUGGAGGAGCCCGGCUCUGGAGCCAUCCUCGAAUCCCUGCCUAGCAAACAUGCGCCUCCGCACUCUCUCUGAUUCCCCAGCCAGGAACGUAGCUGCUUGAGAAGUUGGAAAAACCAGAAGGACUCGCAGGGGCGUGUGAAGCAAUCCGGAGCUACAAAAGGAGGGUGUUAUUCACGUCCAGUACUGGUGGGUCAGUCCAGCUGCAGUAGGUAGCGCUGAGCUAACAGAUUCCCUUCAACUUGAAAUAGACUUCGGCAUCAUAUGGAAAUCCUGUAUGAAUGUGAAAACCAUUAGCAAAGUAAUUGCUGUCUAUUACCAUGACAACCAGCCGCUGCAGUCACCUGCCUGAAGUCUUACCAGACUGCACCAGCUCAGCUGCUCCCCUAGUAAAGACGGUGGAGGAGUGUAGCAGUCUUGUGAAUGGACAGCCGCAGUAUGUCAUGCAAGUUUCAGCCAAGGACGGGCAGCUUCUGUCAACAGUAGUAAGGACUCUUGCCACACAGAGCCCUUUCAAUGACAGGCCAAUGUGCAGGAUCUGCCACGAAGGCAGCAGUCAGGAAGACCUGCUCUCUCCAUGUGAAUGUACAGGAACCCUGGGGACUAUUCAUCGCAGCUGCCUGGAGCAUUGGCUGUCCUCUUCGAAUACCAGUUACUGUGAACUCUGCCACUUCAGAUUUGCAGUAGAGCGCAAACCCAGGCCAUUAGUAGAGUGGCUAAGAAACCCAGGUCCGCAGCAUGAGAAACGGACUCUGUUUGGAGACAUGGUGUGCUUCUUGUUUAUAACUCCCCUGGCGACCAUCUCUGGCUGGUUGUGUCUGCGGGGAGCAGUGGACCAUCUGCACUUUAGUAGUAGGCUAGAAGCUGUUGGCCUCAUUGCACUCACUGUCGCACUCUUCACUAUUUACCUCUUUUGGACACUAGUGUCAUUUAGGUACCACUGUAGAUUAUACAACGAAUGGCGUCGGACCAAUCAGAGAGUAAUACUCCUAAUUCCAAAAUCUGUCAGUGUUCCUUCUAACCAGCAGUCAUUGCUGGGCCUUCAUUCAGUCAAAAGGAACUCAAAGGAGACAAUCGUUUGAUUUUGGCAGUUCUGUACUGGAGUCAUGCACUAAAUAUACUUUCUUAAACCCAUGGGCUCUGAUUCCAUCCAAAACCUGGUACAGUGCUAUUCUGGUUUACAAACUCUUUACAGAGGAAGAAAUCACUGUUAAUUAAAAUCAUGGAUGCUGCAAUCAUAUGAUAUUUGCUAAGCUGCCAAACAUGUUUAUUUAGCAGAUACUGUAUGGAAUUCUACAAACUCAUGUUAAUACCUGCCUUGUCAGUGAUGCAAACCCUUUUUUUUUUAAUUGUUUAAAAAUAUUAAAACUAUGAUAAUUAACAAUGCAAAAAAAAUUUGAGUGCUUUCUUUAUUUCUACAGUAUUAUCUGGAUAGGAACCAAUGCUGAAUAUUUUAUUUUACUGACUCAAAGAAGAUGGCAUUACAAGAAGGAAAUUGUACUAUAGUUUUAUUUGAAGGGCAUCUUAUACUAAUCUUGGAUUAUUAAAAAUAUUUUUAAAGCGAGUUCUACAAAUGGGCAUUCUAUUUAACAACAUAACCCCUUAAAAAGCACUCUCUUCCAUUUGUUGUUUGGUAGUGA